UCAUGGUACAGAGAUCAUUUUGGCUGGUCUGCAGAAUGCCACAUAUUUGUCACUGAAUGAUUGACUAACACUAAAUAAGUGCUGACUUUAGAACUCUGAUCAGCUGAAAGCCACAUGAUUAAGAUACAAAGUGCUUUAAAGUUAGCUGACAUGAUUUUUUAAAACAGAAUAUACAGAACAGGUGCCUGAACACAUGUUGAUUAUCACAGAACUUUAACACUGGGAAGUGUUUAUCCAUAAAUGGAUAAUCCAUAAACAAUACACAAUUAAAAGCAUCUGUUAAGCCGCAAUAAUUUAAACAAAACUCACAGAAUGGGUGUAAAUUGGCCUCCUAUAGAAGGAGGCUUAAAGUUAAGAGAUUGAAGUAUCUGCCAAAUAUACCACUUCAGGCUUUAGAUACCUGAGUUUUACCUAAGGACAUCUAGGAGACUCCAGCAACAUGAGGAAGAGGGUGGAAGAAGCAUUAUAAGGUGACAAUGUUUGUCCUUGGUAAAACCUAGAAGGUGGGUAACAAUUAAAUAGGAAAUUAAAUAGUGUUAAACACAAGAUGUUUUACAACCAACCCACUUAUGUGUUUCAGAGAAUGUUCUGGCAGGUUAUGUUUUAUCCAUCCAUCUGUCAAUUGUCCAUGCCCACCUAGCUGUAAAGGUUUGUGGGGGUCAGGGCUGAUGUAACCAACAUUUAAUUAAAUAAUAUUGUAAAUUCAGAGUGUUUGCUAUAAAGUCGUAAUUAUUCUCAAGUACAGUAUCAAGAUUUGAUAUCUAUGUAGUGCUUUUCUGCAUCCUUGCAAAAAAAAUUGUGGUGAUCAGUAUGAAAACAUUACAGUUUUUCCUUUCCUUUUCUGAAAAACCAAUGCAUUUAAUUGGAAAUUAAAAUCUUGGUCCAACACAUGUAGUACACAACUUUGAAAUGAAAGGAAUAAAAUCCAUGGUUUCCCAAACAAUUUCACAGACAAAAAUCUGAAAGGUGUGGUGUACCAUAGUAUUGAGCUUUGUAGAACCACCUUACACUAUACUAACAGCUGUAGGUCUCGUGGGCUAUGUUUGUUCCAUCUUUGCUAAAUAGUCCAAACUGAAUAAGAAUUAACAGAAAUACAGUAAACAGCAUUUUUUUAAGACUUGCAGAAAAUUCUCAAUUGAAUUUAGGUCUGGAGUUUGAGUUUGUAGCAUUUAAUAAGGUGAUCUCUCAACCAUCCCACUGUAGCUCUGACUGCUUGAUUAGGAUUGUUGUUCUGUUGGAAGGUGAACGUCCACCUCAGUCUCAAGAUCUUUACAGCCUAUAUUAUGUUUUCUUUCAGGAUUGCCCAGUAUUAUGUGAAUUUUUAUCAGUCCAUCUUGUUGUCCUACCAACUCGGACCACUUUUUCUGAACCUGGUAAAAAAAAAAAAAAGUCCCCACAGCAUGAUUCUGCCAACACCAUGUUUCAUUCUGGAGAUGUGUCUUCAAAGGGAUGUGUAGUGUUGCUUUUGCAGCCACUUUUGCAAAGUGUUUUCAUCCUGGUAUGCGAUAGAAGCAGUCUCAUUGAAGCAUCCCAGUCUAUCUACAUGGCCGGCCUUCUCGUUGGAGCCUUUGUUCUGGGACAGAUGGCUGACAGGUUUGGCCGACGUUUUGUGGUCCUGCUGUCGCUCCUUAUCUUAUUUGUGUUUGGAGUAGGAAUCAGUUUCUCGCCCAAUAUCUAUGUUUACAUUGCUCUCAAAUUUGUUUGUGGAAUCUCAACAUCUGGAAUUGUUGCAAAUGCAUUUGUCAUUGGUGGAGAAUGGAGUGAUUCUUCAAAGUUUGCUCUCUGUACCAUCAUCUGUCAUGCUUUUUUUCCUCUCGGACUGAUGAUACUAUCUGGAAUUGCUUUUUUGAUCCGUAACUGGAGGAUCCUGCAAAUGGUGCUCUUCAGCCCUCUUAUCAUCGUACUGGGAAUCUUUUACUGGAUUCUUCCAGAGUCAGCUCGCUGGCUCACUACACAGGGCAGGAACGAGGAGGCCAUUAAGGAAGUACUGAGAGCAGCUAAAGUGAACAAGAGAAAAGUACCAGAGGAGCUGCUAGAGAAACUGGAGUCCAAAGGUGCAAUCAAAAAGGGAACCAUGCUGGACAUCUUCAGAUUAUCAUACCUCAGAAAACGGGCUUUGAUAAUGAGCAGCGUCUGGUUUGCAACAAGUCUGAUGUAUUAUGGACUCAGCCUCAAUGUUGGCAACUUUGGUCUGGAUAUUUACCUCACACAGUUCAUCUUUGGCGUAGUGGAGGUUCCCGCUCGUGUGGGUAUUUUGCCGUUCCUACAGUAUUUUGGAAGGAAAGUUUGCCAAGCAGGAGUGCUGCUGUUAGGAGGUGUGGCAUGCCUGGGCGUCCUUGUUGUACCAAAAGAUCUUCCUGUUGUGAUCACAGUCAUAGCCGUUCUUGGUAAAUUUGCUGCCACUGCCAGUUUUGCCACAGUUUAUGUUUACACAGCAGAACUGUACCCCACCAUUCUGAGGCAGAACGGUAUAGGUCUGAACUCCAUGUGUGCUCGAGUGGCAGGAAUCCUAGCUCCCCUGAUCCGUCUCUUGGAUGUUUACCAUUAUACCAUUCCCAUGUUGAUAUACGGCAUUAUCCCCAUCGUGGCUGGAGGUCUCUGUGUGCUGCUGCCUGAAACUCGCAAUGUCGAACUUCAGGACCUUGCUGAAAACAUAAAAUCAUCUGAUGAAACUUCCGAGAAAGGAUCCUUGGCUGAAGAAGACAAAGCAGAAAAGUGUACAAAAUUGUGAAUUCUUUAGUGUUACUGACACAUAAUGGUCACAGUUAUUAGUUCGUAUUGCGUUAGUUGUAGAGUUUAUCAGAAUAUAUAUAUAUAUACUUAUAUAUAUAUAUAUAUAUAUAUAUAUAUGUGUGUGUGUGUAUACGUGUGUGUGUGUGUGUUACAAUAUUAUUAUUAUAUAAUUAUUAUCUGCACAUGAGGCUCCAGAAUACAUUCUUUAGAAAGAAAGCUGCUUUAGUUGUGGAAAAUGGAUGAAAACCACGUAAAUCACAGUAGGUGUGAAUAGAUAGAGAAGUGAGAGCCUAUGUUCAAUAUUUAUGGGAUAUUUGACUAUAGCAAAAUGUCUUUGUAACAAUUAUAUUAUUCUUUCAUAAUCA